CAUUAAUUAUAAAGCAUCCACAAGCUCUUGGCUUCAAUGAAGCAAACUCACUACUCGGCAGUAAAACACUAUUAAUUAGUAAGCUUCUUGGAAUAAAUCAGUUGACAUGUACGAAGGCGAAGGCGAAAAUCCAAAAAAUCUCAGUUCUCUGGUAACACCCAGUACGAAUGAACUAAUAGGCGACACUGAAAGCGUUAAGAUGAAAAACUUCACAAAUCCUGAAGUAGAUAUCGAAGAUGAUCGUGAAAAAUGGGGGAGUAAAGUCGACUUUAUGUUGUCGUGUGUUGGGUAUGCUGUAGGACUCGGCAAUGUCUGGCGUUUUCCAUAUCUUUGCUACAGUAAUGGUGGAGCGACGUUUCUCAUUCCUUACUUUCUGAUGUUGGCCUUUAACGGUAUUCCAUUGUUCUACAUGGAGCUUGCUAUUGGUCAAUAUCUCAGUCUUGGUACCGUGGGAGCCUGGACAGCUAUCUGCCCCAUGUCACGUGGGAUUGGUUUCGCUAUGAUAAUGAUAUCAUUCUUGGUUUCUAUCUAUUACAACGUCAUCAUUGCUUGGUGUGUUCUGUUUUUGUUCAACUCUUUUCGUGCCGACGUACCAUGGAAAACAUGUGAUAAUGCAUGGAAUACAUUGAUGUGCAGAAGGAAGAAAUAUAGCAGCAAUAAUACAAUUAACUGCACUGCUUUAGGACUCGCACAGAACUGUGCACCUGAGUGGAAAUCACCUGCAGAGGAAUUCUUCAACAACAAGAUUCUUAAUAUCAGCGAGGGAAUCGAAAACCUUGGUUCCAUUGGAUGGGAAAUCACCUUGUGUUUAAUUUYCUCGUGGAUCCUGGUUUAUUUUUGCUUAUUGAAGGGAGUCAGGUCGUCGGGAAAAGUUGUGUAUUUUACAGCGACAUUUCCAUACAUAGUCCUUUUGAUCUUGUUUUUCCGUGGAGUCACCCUUGAGGGAGCUAAGGAAGGCGUGUUGUUUUACGUCAACCCUGACUUCAAAAAGCUGGCAAAUCCUGAGGUUUGGGUUCGCGCCGCUACCCAGAUAUUCUACUCCCUUGGUGUGGGUUUUGGCUCGCUCAUCACGUUUGGUAGUUACAACAAAUUUAAUAAYAACGUUCAAAGGGAUGCCAUAAUAGUGUGUCUUAUCAACUGUGGCACAAGUUUCUUYGCUGGUUUUGUCAUCUUCAGUGUCAUGGGUUUCAUGGCGUUCAUCCUGGAAACAUCAGUAGAUAAAGUAGUUGAUGACGGACCGGGACUUGCUUUCGUAGCGUAUCCUGAAGCCAUAUCUCAGAUGCCUGUGUCAACCUUAUGGGCAAUCUUGUUCUUCUUCAUGUUGAUCACUCUUGGUCUUGACAGCCAGUUUGCUAUGGUUGAAUGUGUCAUCACAGGACUUUCAGAUGAAUAUCCCAAGUAUCUCCGAAAAUACAAAUGGAUAUUUCUUAUCRUCAUGUGUGUUUUGCUUUUCCUACUUGCACUACCCAUGUGUGCAGAGGGUGGCAUGUACGUGUUCAACCUGUUUGAUUACCAGUCAGGCGGAGUGUCCCUAUUAGUGAUUGGGUUCUUUGAAGCUUUGGUCAUUGGAUGGUGUGUUGGAACCGAUCUUCUUGGUGACAUGAUUGAGUCCAUGAUUGGCAAAAGACCUAAUGCGUACUUCCUGAUCUGUUGGAAAUACCUUUCACCCAUCUUCACCCUGGGUAUUAUCAUUGCGCAACUCGCCUUGUGGAAGGGAAUCAGCUACAACAACAAGCCGUACCCAGACUGGGCUGAGUUCAUUGGUUGGCUACUCGCUUUCGCUUCAAUGACUCUCAUCCCGGUCUUCGCAGGAAUCCAAUUCUACUAUGCCAAAGGCCCUACUUUCAUUGARAAACUUCGCAAUUGCUUGAAACCCGACAUGAAUGUCUUCCGAGAGGUUGAGGAGCGCGAAAAAAUCAAGCUCAAGAAAAUACCAAACUGAUGCUGACGAAAUAAUCACGUGAUUUUAGUGACGUAUGCUGUAACGUUACGAGAGACUUCUAUAUUACAAUGUUUCUCAUGGGGUCUACAGCAACUUCCACAACUUUGAAACGUCUGGGUUUUUGGCUUUCACGAGUCAAAAAAAUAACUCCAGCUUUGUCAUUUUAUAUAUAUAUAUUAUGAUUGAUUGUCACCCAAAAACAAAGCAAAAACUUACUAAGAAGUAGUCAUGGAAAUGGUUAGCAUUGAAGUAUCGAAUAUUCGAAUAUUCGAAUAUUCGAUUUAUUUUAGAGCGUUUUUGACAAAUAUUCGCACGCGUUUAAAUAUAUUUUUGCCUGAUACCGGGCUAAAGCUUCUUUGAUUUUAAAUCAAAAAUAGCCGACAAAUUCGGUUGGGACUAGGGACAAUUGAAUGGAAGCGAGGUAAGUAAGGCCUCAUUAGUAAACAAAGUCUACUCAAUACGAUAUUUUGUGUCAAAGUCAUUAACCCUUACUUCUAAAGACGCUUAAAAGAACUCGAAUUGUUGAGAUGAAURAAUUAAACGCAAAAGAUUGUACUGAGUAGACUUUGUUUACUAAUAAGGCAUUACUUACCUCGCUUCCAUGCAAUUAUGCAAUUAUAACU